AUGCUCAUUGUUACCAAAAACAAUUCAUCACUACCCCACUAUGUAUCUCCCACCACCAUGUUCAUCACUCCACCAUAUGCUCUCAUGCCCCCACAUGUUAACCCUUCCACUAUGCUCAUCAUCCCACCCGUGGCAUGUUCAAGUAACUCAGACUCACAUGAAGGCUUCAAAGUAACUGCAGACUCACUUGAAGGCUUCAAAGUAACUACAGACUCACAUGAAGGCUUCAAAGUAACUACAGACUCAUCUGAGAGCUUCAAAGUAACUACAGACUCACAUGAAGGCUUCAAAGUAACUACAGACUCACAUGAAGGCUUCAAAGUAACUACAGACUCACCUGUAAAGAAGCACAAGUCUCUCUCCACAACCUCUCACUACAAGAGAGACAAGAGAAAAGCCAGAGAGUUCUCCCUGAGCUCUCUCGGGGCCCAGGAGCUAGAGCCUGGCUGGGAGAGAGCUCUCUCCUCCUCUUCCAAGUGGAAGAGAAAAAGAAAGAGGAGAAAGAGGAGACGGAAAGGCCAUUUAAGCAGACAUAGAAUUCGACACAAGAAGAGAAGACUGGAGAAGGAGUAUGGCCAGGCCUCCGGGACGGCCUAUCCCCUGAGGGAUAGAAGGAUCCUGAAGCCCUACUAUCCUGGAGUCUAUCCCCAGAGCCCCGGAACCCCGGAUAGUCUCCUAUCCUUGCUAACUGUUCCUACGGAUAAUCCACUAGUACCUACCACAACAGACCAGGACGUCUGGACGUCUGGACGUCCACUAUCUCCCCAUCCUGAUAGUAGAGGCCAUGCUGGGCUCUCCGUAGCAUCCCUAGCCACGACCAUUCCCAUCACAAGCUUCCUUAGUCUUGGGAAUAAGGGAACAACAGCGCCUAUCUCAGGAUAUCAGUCCACCCCAGACUCCAGCUCUCAUUGGGACGAAAAGGAUAGGGAUAGGGGCUUGGGAUUGGUGGUGGAGAAGGACCUAAGGCCUGGAAAUGGACAUGAGGGAUGGCAGGACCAAAGGGACUCCAGGGACGGCGAUAGACGUCAAAAAUUGGAGCAUCAGAGGGUCCCUUCAGCGCCCCUCUUGCUAACAGUCCCAUCCGAGAGCACAAAGGCGUCCUUAGGGACGUCCCUGGAUGGCUUGCGUUCCAACUGGGACCCAAAAGAGGACAUUGCUGACCUUCUGAAGGAGGGGCUGACGUCCCAGCUCACCAGCGUCACCGGGAACGUCAGCAGGGGCGCCUCUAUGGCUAGGACGUCAGAUCAUGACCCCAAAAGCGGCCCUACCUCCCUGACUGAUGGGUUGGGUGCUAGCUCCUGGCCCUCUCCAGGGACCCCAGGUGGCCCCUACGGCAGUGACAGGGACAAUGACACCUCUAGCAGCAGUGACAGUACCUACUACAACAGUGGCACCUUCAGCAGUGAUAACAGCAGUGGUACUACCAGCAACGACAGUGACAGUGCCUCCCACAGCAGUGACAGUGCCUACUACAACAGUGACAUGAGCAGUGUCACUUUCAGUAGUGCCUCCUACAGCAGCAGUGUCACUUUCAGCAGUGAUACCCCCAGCAACGACAGUGACAGUACCUACUACAGCAGUACCACCUCCAGCAGUGACAGUGCCUAUUACAACAGUGACAGCAACAGUGAUAGCCCCAGUAGUGCCAGCAGCAGUGCCUACUACAGCAGUGAGAGCAGCAGUAUCACCCGCAGCAGCGAGAGUAACAGUGCCUCCUACAGCAGUGAGAACAGCAUUACCACCCACAGCAACAACAGUGACAGUGCCUCCUACAGCAGUGAGAGCUGCAGUACCACCUCCAACAGUGUCAGUACUUCCAGCAGCACCUCCAGCAGUGACAGUGCUUACUACAGUAGUGACAGAAGCAGUGAAAGUACCUCCAGCAGUGCCUACUACGGUAGUGACAGGAGCAGUGGCACCUCCAGCAGUGCCACCAGCUCCAUCAAUACCUCCAUUAGUGACAGUACUUCUAGCAACACCUCCAGAAGCAGUAACAGUACCUCCAGUAAUGCCAGUACUUCCGGCAACACCUCCAGCAGUGUCACCAGCUCCAGCAACACAACUAGCAGUGCCAGCAGCAUUGACAUUAUCUCCAGCAGUGAGAGUACUUCUAGCAACACCUCCAACGGUGACAGUACCUACUCCAGCAGUGCCAUUACCUCCAGCAGUGACAAUACCUCUUCCAGCAGUGACAGGUGCAGUGAGAGUACCUCCAGCAGUGACAGGAGCAGUGAGAGUAUCUCCAGCAGUGACAAGAGCAGUGACAGUACCUACUCCAACAGUGCCACCAAUAGUGCCAGUGAUUCCAGAAGCAGUGCCAUCACCUCCAGCAGUGCUUCCAGCAGUGCCACCUCCCCACCUACCACCUGCUACACCACUAACGACCUGGUAGUGGUCGUCUUGCUGACCACGCUGGCCAACCUGGUGACCUUCAUGGUUGUGACCCUGGCACUAUGCUGGUGGACACUCAGAGGUCGUCUCUCUACGACCUCACGACCUCUUAACCACCCUGACUACCACCUCAACGACGACCCCAACGACGAGGCUGAGGAAGUAGUGGCUGCCGAGGGCUGCCUGGAAGCCUGCCUGCCGGACAUCUCCUACCAGAGACACAUCGCCAGAGGGUCAAACUUGAGACCCUCUUUCGUAGUUUGGUCGCGCCUUGCGGCCCCUGGUCCACCCCAACCCACCCCGCCUCUCCCAGGCAGUCCAUGAGCUUUUGCACAACCUCACCACCCCUGCCGAGGAGGCACAGCCCGAGGGCAGCGAGGGGGAGCGGCAGGAGGAGCAGCAGAAAACGAUAAAAAGGAGAAAAAGGAAAAACUGUGGACUGUACCUCAAAAGGAGAUCCCUUUCUCUUGAAGACUUGGCGCAGAUUUGACAUGGUUUCCCCGUUUGUACCAUUGCUCCCGUUUUGACUUCCGUUUCCCAUUGCCCCGUUGUGGUAGGGUAUUUUCCAAAAGGUGGCUCUCUCCUGUCUUCCUUCUCUCCCUGUUUAUCGGCCUAUAUUCAUCUCAUACCGAAGCUUCUGGUAGUUUCUUGGUCCUGUGGCUCCCUGUUCUUCCCUCUCUUCCACCUCCCUAUUCGUUGAUGUGUUGCGCUUUCUCUGCAUCUUCUUCCCUUCAUUCUAUUCCCUCCUGUGUCUUUCCAUCCUUCUCUCUGCCUCCUGUCUAUUCCUUCUAUCCUUCUGGUUCCUCCAAUAGCCACAAAUAUUGUAUUUCCCCAAUUCGUGAUUAUUCUUCAAGUUCUCCGUUUUACUCCAGUGAAAAAAUGAAAGAAAGUUGUUUAGAAUUUAGAUCAAAAUCGCUUUGAAUUUGAUGUAAUUUGAAAGGAUAGACAUAUAUUAGACAUAAUAGACAUAUCAUAGACAUAUCAUAGACACAAUAGACUUAUAAUAGAGAAGAAUAGACAUAUCAUAGACACGAUAGACAUAUCAUAGACACAAUAGACAUAUCAUAGACACGAUAGACAUAUCAUAGACACAAUAGACAUAUCACAGACAAGAAUAGACAUAUAGACACGAUAAACACAGACAUAAAGCUCUAAAUCAGUAAGGGCCCACACAAACGAGGGUCACUGUACGCCGGUUAAUCAGACAGUCUGGUUAAUAUGAAUUUUGAGCUCCCAAAGUGCUCGUUUUUACACGAAUGUUUUUUUCGACACGAAAUUUUGAUUUACACAUUUUUUUUUAUUUACACAAAUUUUCGAUUUACACAAAAUUUUGAUUUACACAGAAUUUUGAUUUACAAAAAAAAAAUUGAUUUACACAGAAUUUCAGAGAGUGGAGCUGGUUAAUAAGCUGUGGUUGACUGAGUGGUACAGUGACCUCUGGAUACUGGGGUCACAUGUCUCUAUAAGCUCCAGCUGAUUUUGUCAGCUUAAAGCUUACUAAGCUUUAAGCUGAAGUGACUUAAUUAAGCUUAAUGAGCUUUAAGCUGAAGUGUUUCACAGCUUAAUAAGCUUCGAGCCGAAGUGUCUUAAAGCUUAAUAAGCUUCAAGCCGAAGUGUCUUAAAGCUUAAUGAGCUUUAAUCUGAAGUGUUUCACAGCUUAAUAAGCUUUAAGCUGAAGUGUUUCAGCUGACUUCAUAACUUAAAGCUUAAGAAAGUGUUUGUUAAUAAGCUUAAAGCUGAAGCUGUCAAAACUUGUCUAGAUUUUAAUGUCUUAGAGUGUAAAAAGAGGUUUUUAUUGGCCUUUGGCCUAUACUGGGAUAUAUUAGGCCUAUGCUGGGAUAAAUUAGGCCUAUGCUGGUAUAAAUGUGAUGAAUCAUGAGUUACGUGGCAAUAUAAAACAACAUAAACACUUAAAAAAAACAUAAAACAUCAUAAAACAAUAUAAAACGCUAUAAAACACCACAAACAUAAAAAUAAAACACCAUCAAACAUAAAACACAAUAAAGCACAAUAAAAACACCGAAAACUUCAUAAUAAGAUCAUAAAAACACAUUAUCAGUUAUGUGGCGCCAUAAUGGCGCAGUUUUUAGCAACAACGUCGCUGAUUGGUUGAAACCCGCGGGAAAGUAAGUAAACAAAGCCGCUCAUUGGUCAGAAGAACCGCGGGAAAUCUUCACUGCCUCUCAUUGGCUAAAAAGAGCGGGAAAAAUAAGUAAACAAGCCCUGUAAUUGGUCGAUUACUUUCACUAACCAAAAAUAACAAAAAUAAUCAUAAUCGGCACCAGAAAAUUUACUAAGUUAGUUUAGGAUAACACAAGCAAUGUUAGUUAUGCAAGAAAUAGGCCUAUUUAGGCCAAAAUAGGCCUAUUUCUCCAUAGUUUAAUCCGAUAAACAUUCCCGACCUCUAGCCAGUAGGCCUAUAAAAAUAAGAUAAUUUCUCGGCAAUUAGUUGAGUGUAGGCCUUCUUGCAGGUCAUGAUAACAUUUCUAACAUAGAUAACUAGCAGUUAGUUAUCCCUUAAGAUAACUGUAAAUUAGUUAUCCCUUAAGAUAACUGUAAAUUAGUUAUCCCUUAAAAUAACUUAAAAAAAUAGUCAUCCUUGAAAUUUAAUGUAAAAAAGUUACCCCUUAAAAAUAACUGUAAAAAACUAGUUACCCCUUAAAAUUUACUGUAAGUUAGUUAUCCUUUUAAGAUAACUGUAAAAAUUAGUUAUAAUCGUAAGAUAACUGCGAAUUAGUUACCCUUUAAAAUAAAUGUAAAUUAGUUAUCCCUUAAAAUUAUUGUAAAAAUUACUGUAAAAAAUAGUUAUCCCUUAAAAAUUACUGUAAAAAAUAGUUAUCCCUUAAAAAUUACUGUAAAAAAUAGUUAUCCCUUAAAAAUACUGUAAAAAAAUAUUAGUUAUCGCUUAAAAUAACUAGAAAAAUAAGUUAUAAGUUGUGUAAAUAGUAUAGGCUUAGAGGCACAGGGGAAUUUUUUCCCAGGCCUAUUGCUUUGUGAUUUUUAGUAUAAAACUGUCACUAACGAAUGCAUAGACCUAGGCAAAAUAGGCCUAAAUUUAAGAAUAUUUAUAUCUUAACUUACUAAACAAUGCAUAGGCCCAGGCAAAAUAGGCCUAAGUUAAUGAAUAUUUAUACUUCGCCUAAAUUUACAAAUGUUUAUGCAGUGCAAAAAUGACUAAUGAAUGGAUAGGACCUAGACAAAAUAGGCCUAAAUAAAAAUACUUGCUACACUGAAACACGAGGUUUUCACAUAGGCCUAUUUUUUCUUAAAAUUUCAUUGAGUGCCAAAGCCCAAGUAUAUAUAGAUUUUUUUCAUUUAAUUGCAUGGGCCUAUGCAUUCGUUUUUUAAAUUCAUAUAGGCCUAUUAAAUUCAAAGCAUUAUAGGCCUAUUAAAAUUAAUUUAAAGUUAAAUAGGCCUAUUAAAACUAAUUUCAAAAUUAUAUAGGCCUAUUAAAAUUAAUUUUAAAGUUAAAUAGGCCUAUUAAAACUAAUUUCAAAAUUAUAUAAACCUAUUAAAAUUAAUUUUAUUACUCAUAUAGGACAAUUAUAAUUAAUUUUAAAGUCUAUAUAGGCCUAUUAAAAUUAAUUCAACUUUGUUUACGUAGACAAUAAGGACAAUUUUUACAUCUGGCAGCAGCUAGUAGGCCUACUAGCUUGCUAGUAGGCCUAUUAAUCUGCUUGUAGGGCUACUAGCCUGAUAGUAAGCCUGCUUGUGUGCCUUCUAGUAGGCAUGAUGGUAGGCCUAUGAAAGGCUAGUAGGCCCACAAGCCUGCUUGUAGGCCUACUUUCCUCAGGUCAAAAAACGAAAUUAGUAAACAUCAAAAAACUUGUCUUAGGCCUAAGACCAGCUGUGACCAGUUGUGACCAGCUGGACACAGCUGGUCACAACUGGCCACAGUUGGUCACACUUUUACAACUGGUCACAGUUGGUCAUUGCUGGUCACAGCUGGUCACAACUGGUCACAGUUGGUCACUACUGGUCACACUUGGUCACAACUGGUCACUGCUGAUUACAGUUGGUCACAACUGGUCAUUGCUGGUCACAGUUGGUCACAACUGGUCAUUGCUGGUCACAGUUGGUUACAACUGGUCACGGCUGGUCACAAUUGGUCAUAGCUGGUUACUGCUGGUCACAGUUGGUCACAGCUGGUCACUGCUGGUCACAGUUGGUCACAGCUGGUCACAGUUGGUCACAGCUGGUCACUGCUGGCCACAGUUGGUCACAACUGGUCACAGCUGGUCACAGUUGGUCACAGAUAGUCAUAGUUGUCAUUGCUGGUCACAGUUGGUCACAGCUGGUGUAUAUUCUGCAAUAAAUCAAUACAGGGUUAAGCCAGUGGCUUUUUUUCUCUUCAAAAAACCCGGAGGGGUUUUUACCUCCCCUGGGGUGGUUUUUAAACCACCCAGGUCGGUUUAACUUCCCGUGGAGAGGUUUUUAAACCAUCCAGGUUGGUUUAUAAAACACCCAGGUGGGUUUACCUUCCAUUACGGAGGUAUUAAACCAUCCAGAUAGGUUUAGCAUCCACUGGGGUGCUAUUUAAACCACCCGUGAGGGUUUGACUUCCAACAGGGAGGUUUAUAAACCACCCAGAUGGGUUUGAUUUCCUUUCGGGAGGUUUAUUAACCACCCAGAAGGGUUUAUCUACCAUUGAAGAGGUUUAUUAACCACCCACGAGGAUUUAUCUAAAACGGGGGAGGUUUAACAUGUGUCAAAACCACCAUAAAAAACCACAGACAAUAUUUUUGUAUAAAAUAAA